AUGGAUGAUGACUUAAAUGUGACAUAUAUAACUCUAACUGGAUAUGUGGCAAUGGGCAAAUACAGGUUUUUAUAUUUUUUUAUUAUGUUUACAGUAUAUUCUCUAGCAAUGUGCUUCAGUGUCACCAUUGUGUACCUUAUUUGUAUACACAGGAAAUUCCAUGAGCCAAUGUACAUUUUUAUUGCAGCUUUGUUGAUGAACUCUAUUGUUUACAAUACUGCUAUGUACCCAAAUUUGUUAAUUAACAUUUUAGCUAAAAAUCAUAUCAUAUCAAAUUCAGCCUGUCUCCUUCAGUUAUAUGUAUUCUACUCCCUAAGUGCUGCAGAUUUCUUUCUGUUGUCAGCCAUGGCCUAUGACAGGUAUGUUUCUAUAUGCAAACCUCUGCAAUAUACCGCUAUCAUGAGAAAAAACACUGUAACUUUUAUUUUGUUUCUAGCUUGGCUUGUUCCUUUGUGUGAAUUUGCAGUCAUAGUUAUAAUGAGUGCUAACCAAAAACUCUGCCAUUUAACUUUGAAUACAAUUUUUUGUAACAAUUUAGUUUACGCUCUCCACUGUGUUAUUCCAAGAGCAAGAGUUAUUUUUGGUGUGUUUGCUAUGGUAAGCAUGUCAGUUCUCCCUUUGUUUUUUAUAUACUUUACAUAUAUCAGAAUACUUACAAUAUCCUAUCAAAGUAGUAGAGAAGUUAGAACUAAAGCUUCACAAACCUGUUUACCCCACUUGAUAGUUUUGAGUCUCUUUUCCUGUUUGUGUGCAUAUGAUGUAAUUGUCAGUCGACUAGGAUCUGAUAUACAUUUCAUUAUGACUUUCCAAGCAUUUUUGUAUUAUCCUCUGUUUUAUCCAAUUAUAUAUGGACUAAAAAUGAAAGAAAUCUCUAAACACCUAAAGAGGUUGCUUUGUCAGGCCAAACACACCCGUUCGGACUGGCCCGCUGCCACCCUGCCUGCUCUCCCGGACGCUUACCCGCGCCCGCGGACUGCUGUCAACGCGGAGGACGCCGCCUCCCUGCUACACCGCUACCUGACAGUGUUUACCUGCCAGCCGGCUAGCCUGCUGCUAAUCCCCGACACCGUCCAACCGGCUUCCCAGUCUCCAGCGAAGCUACAACCGGCACGCUCCACUCCAGCUGCCUCCACUGCGCUGGCUCUGUGGCUUCACCAUAACCACCUGGAUCAUCUACUGCUGGAUCACGUCGCUGCCGAUUUCAUAUCGAGGAUUUUUAACCUGCCCCUCUGGACUACGCCAUGUCGGACUCUGCAUCUCUGCCGCUUCGUUACUCGGUAA